AUGGGCUUAGGUCCGUAUCUUGCCCACAAUGGUGUGGACUAUGAAUGUUUGAUCUGUGAAAGGGCUUUCAUUUCCGUUGAGUCGCUCUACGCCCAUUGCAGGCAGACUUCACAGCAUUUGUGGUGUGAAAAGUGCUGCCGAGUGUUUGUUUCGAAUUCAUCUAAACUUGCGCACCUACGAACAUCAAGAAGACACCAUGUCUACCAUCUCGUGGAUAUUCAUCACGUUUGUCUCGAUUGCAAUCUUCAUCAUAAGUCCGCUUUAGAGCUUCAAGAUCAUGACGUCAGCCAGCAUUAUCUCUGUGUGAUUUGUGAUAACUAUUUUGACAACGAGAAUGAUCUACAAAUGCACCAGCAAAGGCAUCAAGCCCGAACCAUGGAAUGCUACGGCUGUUACCGAAGUUUCAAAUCCUUUUCCGGAAUGUUGAUUCACUUGGAGGCUGGAAAUUGCCUGUCAGGCGUUACUGAGGGAAAGAUGGAUAGCAUUGCCCACGAAUUUCACCGGAGCUGGAAAUACAUUGUUUCUGAGGAUGGAGGUUGGCUUUACAAAUGUCCAAGCUGUGAAAAGGAGUUCUCAAAAUUGUCUGCGCUGUUCCAACAUGUUGAGGAUAUCCCGAUGUGCUCCUUUCUCAGUCGUGGACACGGUUGUUUGGCUGAGCUAGAACGAUUUGUGGCUCGUAGCUUAGAAUAGGUAAAGGGAUUUUCUUCUUUUUGAGCGCUAGCGAUCACGCCAGCAUGCAUCUCAAUUCAAUGCACCCUCUUUGUCUGAAAGAAUCAUUGCUGCAUUAGAAUAUUCAAGUAU